GGGGCGGGCCGCGGCCGAGCCGAGCUCAGCGGGACCGAGAUGGCGCAGCGAGCGCUCCCCAACCCCUACGCGGAUUAUGACAAGUCCUUGGCCACCGGCUACUUCGACACGGCCGGGAGGCUAACCCCCGAAUUCACGCAGCGGCUGAAUAACAAAGUCAGGGAGCUGCUGCAGCAGAUGGAGAGGGGCCUCAAGUCCGCCGACCCGCACGACUGCACCGCGUACACCGGCUGGGCAGGCAUUGCUUUGCUGUAUUUGCACCUGUAUGAUGUGUAUGGAGACCCAGCCUACCUUCAGGUGGCCCACGAGUACGUGAAGAAGAGCCUGAGCUGCCUGACAAGACGCUCCAUCACUUUCCUGUGUGGCGAUGCUGGGCCCCUGGCAGUGGCCGCUGUCGUCUACCACAAACUGCACAACCAGAAGCAGGCAGAAGACUGCAUCACUCGUUUGCUCCACCUGCUCAAGGCUGACCCACGGGUACCCGAUGAGCUGCUGUACGGGCGCAUGGGCUACCUCUAUGCACUGACGUUUGUGAACAAGCACUUUGGAGAGGAGAAGAUCCCUAAAAGUCAUAUUCAGCAGGUCUGGGAAGCAGUUGUAGCCUCAGGAGAGAACCUGGCCAAAAAGAGGAAUUUCACAGCAAAGAGCCCCCUGAUGUAUGAGUGGUACCAGGAGUAUUAUGUAGGGGCAGCCCAUGGUUUGGCUGGGAUUUACUACUUUCUCAUGCAGCCUGGCCUUGGAGCAAGCCAAGGAAAGCUGCACAACACAAUCAAGCCCAGUGUGGACUAUGUCUGCCAGCUCAAGUUCCCAUCUGGGAAUUACCCUCCAUGCAUCGGUGACACCAGAGACCUACUCGUCCACUGGUGCCAUGGGGCACCAGGUGUAAUCUACAUGCUUAUCCAGGCCUACAAGGUCUUUGGGGAGCAGCAGUACCUAAACGAUGCCCUGCAGUGUGCAGAAGUGAUCUGGCAGUACGGGUUACUGAAGAAAGGCUACGGGCUGUGCCAUGGGACAGCUGGUAAUGCUUACAGCUUCCUGGCACUGUACAACCUCACUCAGAACAUGAAAUACCUCUACAGGGCCUGCAAGUUUGCAGAGUGGUGUUUAAGCUAUGGCCAACACGGGUGCCGGACUCCAGACACACCAUUCUCCCUCUUUGAAGGAAUGGCUGGAACAAUUUACUUUCUUGCUGACCUGCUGGUGCCAACCAAGGCCAAGUUCCCUGCGUUUGAACUCUGAAGCUGAGCUUGGCAGUUUCCUGCCUGAAUCCGUCCACACGUGGAAACGCAGUUGGAAGCUGUUUUCUCCUUCUUCCAGACUCAUCAUUCAUUUUUCACCUAACUGAACGUAAAUCCAUCCUCUUGAGGGCAUGCUGAGUUCUCUAACAUUUCUAGUCAUCUUAUUACACUGCUUCAAUUUAAAAGACAGAAUGCAAAUUUUGCUGAUGUCCCUUAAAAGCGCAGGGCUGCAGGUGGGAGCAGGGAGAACUGUACAGUAUUUUGUUGGCUACAGAGUUUUGCUAUUCUAUGUAUCCCAUUUCCUGGGAAAAAGUUUCUAUUAAAUGUAAGUUGGGCUGA